GAGGGAGGGGCUGGGGGGGGGCACAUGUGCCAUGGUGUUCAUGCGGAGGUCAGAGGACAGCUUGAGGGAGUUUGUUCUCUGCCUUCGCCAUAUGGGUCCCAGGGAUUGAAAUGAGACCCUCGGGUUUUGCAUCAAGGACCUCUAACCACUUAGCCAUCUCACCAGCCUGGGUUUGAGUCCAGCCACUGCCAUUAGAUAGUCGCCUACAUAACUUUGAAAAAGUUACUGCACCUUUUGGAGCCACCCACCCCUCUCCUGCUGAGCAGGGCAUUUGCAGAAUGUGCCGCACUGGGUUAGUCUCAAAAUUUAACAUGAGAGUCGAAUGUGAAGGAUGGCCCUCAAGAGCUAGCACUUGAAUAAACCUUGUAACCAUGCCUGGAGGCAUCAGUGGAUACUUGGUAAGCACCCAAGUGUGAAGUCGGACCAGGAUGGAUGACAAAGGUAGUCGUCCUGUGGGAUCCUCUUUCCCUGAAUAGGCAUUAGACGGGGCAUGGGAUGGCCGGCGACUCUGGUCCUGCCCUAUCACCCAACUGUCAAUUGUCCUGAGAAUCAAUUCAGGUGGCUCAGUGUGUGUUAAAAAGGAUUCUAAUCGGGAGGAUAGACUUGGUGUGUAUGGUGAGUUGCAAGGUUCACCUUUGUAGUGACAAGGUAGAUGGGUUUCCAGUGCUAGUGAUAAAGUAUAGCAAGCCAGCCUCCACCGCAUCCAUGGGGGAAGUUAUGUUAUCUCAUCGUUUUGUCUUUUGAGGGCUCGUGCUUCUGGAUGGCUAACUUAGGGUUGGUUAGGGUAUGACACAUAGAAAGAGACUAGGAAGGAAUCUUGGGGUGUUCCUAUGGGGCUUGGCUGUGUCAAGUGUAGCUUAUUUUCCUUGAACUUUGGCUCCUGUUUGGGUGGGGAAGGCAUUAUAUCUCUUUAGGACUGGUGUGCAGUAGCAGCCUCUCAUAGACACCAACUUCACUGCUGUGACUUUAUGCCAUGGCCUAGAGAGACCCAGGAAUCUGAUCAGGCCCCGUGAGCACCUAUUUCGGGGAAGGCGAUGGGGAUGCCCAUUCUCCAACUAUUUUCUUGCUGAAGACCAGCCUGUCAUUUUGAGGGUCUGGAGAAUGGGAGGAUUAGACCUGCAUAAAAUCAGAGUCUCCACUGGCAAGGGUGUAGGUGGAAGUUGGUGGGCAACUUGUGCUGAGCUUUGCUCAGAGACGGAUUUCAGGUUUUCUCUCCUGAGUUCACCUCAGUCUUGUAUCAUAUACACACUUCCUUGUUAUACAACAAUACAUGAUCAAAAGCCCUUUCAUUAUUUUCCUCAAACCCAUUAUUUUUCCUGAAAACCCCAUGUGACUAUGUCACCAGAAAGCAUGGCGCACACAUAAAGUCACAAUUCAGUGCCUGAAAAAGCAAGUUAUAUUUUAACUUUUUACCCUUGGAAAGACCUCCAAAUCACAGGUCACCUGGUCAUAAACGUGCAGUUACAGCAUUAGCAUGAAAACAAACAGUGCUAGCAGAUCAGCUCGCCUAAAAUUGUAGAGGCUCUUCCUCUAGUUUGUUGAGCUCAUCCAAAUAUCUACUUCUACAGUGCCUUUCAAACUCUUUUCCAUAUUAAUAUUAAUUCCUCUUGCACCUUCCCCAGGACUCCUUCACUACCCUGAAUUCUAUGUCUUAGAACUUGUACCCUAGUUUCUUUAGGCAGGCGAUGCCAGGGGGUCAGAUCAGUAUAUUCCAAUCCUUCCAGAAAAGUCAGUUCACUAAUCUGACGGCCCCCUCGUGGGGUCUAAACUCUUCUAACCAUCCUUCCAUAUUUUCAAUUAUACAAGUAUCUUCCAGUUUCCCCCAAUAAUAAAGUUAGUUAUGGAUCUAACUUUCUAUUUUAGAGAUCUCCUCUUGUGGGGCUCUCACCAUUGCUCACUGACCAGUAGAUCCAGUUAUUUCUUCCUCUGUCUUGUUCCUUGUAUUUUCUGUCUAUCUCCAUCCUUAGUGACCCAAGACCAGUGUUCCUUUUCCUUGGGGUCGGGGGUGGGGUGUCUCCAACUCUCUUAACUACAAAAACUUCAGGUUUCUCAAAAUCAUUUCCUGCUUCAAAUAUUUCCUGGUCAAUUUAAUCACCAUGAGUUGGCUAAAAUUUCUCAGAGAACAAUUAAGGCCUUCAGCCUCCACAUCCAGAACCCCUUGUUCUGUUAUGCUUGGGUUGACAAUUUGAAUGGCCAGGGUCAGAGGAGUUUGUUCCUAAUAGACAUCAGAAUAGUUUCCUUCUCUAGUAAUGCUCUCAAUCCCUUUCCCAGAUUUUUUUUUUUACCAGAGUUAUAUGUGAGAACAAAUACAGUAUAGAAAAAGGCAAGAAAAGGCAAAAAGAGCAAGGCCAUCUGUAUCCUAGAAAGCCAGAGAUGUAUUAUUCAUGUUGGCAUUGCUCCUCUAGUUGAAAUGGUGUCAUACAGCCACAUUCACAACUAAGUCGCACACCUGACAUUUUCUCCUUUUCAGUUACCUUUCAAUCUCCACAAUCAAUGUCUCUUUCUUCAGUGCCUCAUCUUUUGUCCUCCUUGAUCCUCUUUUCCUUUCAUCCACUUCAUCAUCUCACCCUUUACUUAUCCUCUACCUCAACAUGGAACCAUAGUCUUUGGAGACAGCAGGAAUCUCAGAGACCUUUUGUACAGUUCUGUGCCCGGAACCUUGUUGAACCACAACAUCUCUGGUCCUUGGCAUGUGUGAGACAGGGACUACUCAGAGGAACUCAUUCUCUGUGUGCCAUUCUUUGAUGAUUACGACAGUGGAGACCCAGUGUCAGAAGCUGUAUUUCUCCAAGCCCUCAAGUAACUCAGUCUAGUGGAGCUGCCUUUGCGGUCUGGUUAUAUAGCUCUAUUCGUAGAGUUUGCACAACCCAACAGUAAGUGGUAAGUUGUUUGACCUCAGCCAAGGGCUAAGAAUUGAUCUCAGGAAGCCCUUGGUGAGGAUUUCCUGUGAACCAUCUGUAAGAGAUGACAGAUUCUAAAAUCCCACACCUUGAAACAUUCCCCAGGAAGAUGCUUGAAUUUAGAAAGGAGAAGGGAGUUCCAGUUACUUGGGGGGUGGAGUGUGAGACCGUGGGGCCUUUGAAGUAGAAUGUACUGGAGGAGGUGGUUCACUGUGGGGCACAGCUUUCAUAACCUUGCUCAACUUUCUUGUCUAUUCUGUGUUUUUCUGACCACAAAUGUAAUGUGACCAACUACUGUCACCUCUGCCAGGAUGGACUGUAUCUGACUUUAAGCCCCAAACAAACAAAACCGAAAUCCUUCUCUUAGGUUGCUUCUGGUCAGGUGUUUACUAACAGUAAAAAAAGUAAGCAACACUUGGGGAGCUUUACUUUCGAAGGCACCCUGAGAGGAUGUGAGACGCUGCAGGGACGAGAAGACAGGCAUGAGAAGAAGAUGAAGUCAAUGGGUGUAAUGAGGUCUACUACAAAGCCCUGAAUUCAUAUUCAAGUCCAACCAUCUCAUGGGUUCUUUAACUUCCCUGAAUCAUUUGCCAAGUGGGGAUCAUUAUACUUACCUGAGAAGUCCCUUCGAGAAUCAAAUAAAGUUGCUUGAUAUUGUUCCUAGAAAACUUGGUGUGUGGUAGGCACUGAAUAAAUGCCUCUUUCUUUCCACUUUUCCUCUCAAUCUAGUCCAAAAGAACACUGCAUUCAUAUUUGCUCAUGAAAACCAUAAAUGGUCAGGAGAAGUGGAGAGAGAGGGAGGAUGACAUUAGAGGCACUCCCAGUUCCUUAAGACCCCGGGGCUGUCCUGCCUGCCCUUGCAGCGUUCAUGGUGUCUUAGGUAUCCUAGAUGCUGAACACAUACGUGGCUGAACUUGAGCAGAGACCAGCUGCUGGGUGUUUUCAUUUACAGACAUUUCUGAUUUUGUGGAAAAGCACUAGGAGACAGGCCAGGUUUUCUUGCUGAUUUUUUCCCUUUCUGCCUGUGGGAUCUUGGAAUCUUGGGGGAACCCUCUUAUGUUUCUGAAGCCCAGUGACUGUCUUUGUGAAAUAAGGGGCAAGGCAAGAAGAGAAAACUCGGCAGGUAGAACCCACCUACUAUAGUACUCUGACUUUGGACUUCUGGUCUACCAAACUGGGAGGAAAUGUGUUUCUAUUGUUUAAGUCACCAAGUCUAUGUUUUAUCCAAAACAGAAGCAGUGGCAAUAAUUUUCAAAUUUGGCUCCUGGGAGGGAUCUUAUUCAUAAAAUAACCAACUACUAAAGCAGGCUCUAAUUUCCCUAUUUUUCCAAGGUCUGUGACAGACAGCAAGUAAACCUGUGACAGAAAAAUUGCGUGCUUACAAGUGAUUUCUCAUGAGAUUACCUUAAGGUUGGGAAGCUCUUGAAGCAUCCAGCUGCAUGCCCUACACAAUAUCUGCAAAGUACUCAGAGGAAACAGUGGGUGCCAGAUGCAACGACCUUGACAUUUAAGUCAGCCUCUGAGCAAAGAGAAAGAUUUUGCCUAACGGACUGUCAAAACAGUCAAGACAUCUCUAAAGUUGCUGGACAUGAUGGCUUCUCAGCUUCAGAUGCAAAUGAGUGGGUGUCUCACGGAGAAGCAAAGAGAAGAGAACUGGAGAGAGGUGUUUCCCUUGACUGUGGAAACUUUAUAAAGAAAACUCACUUACCUUCUCUGGAGCAGUCAGCAUCAGAGUCCUGUCCUUGACACUUCAGUCUCCACAAGACUGAGAGGAGGAAACCCUUUCCUGGGGCUGGGUGCCAUGCAGCAGCCCGUGAAUUACCCAUGUCCCCAGAUCUACUGGGUAGACAGCAGUGCCACUUCUCCUUGGGCUCCUCCAGGGUCAGUUUUUUCUUGUCCAUCCUCUGGGCCUAGAGGGCCAGGACAAAGGAGACCACCGCCUCCACCACCACCUCCAUCACCACUACCACCGCCUUCCCAACCACCCCCGCUGCCUCCACUAAGCCCUCUAAAGAAGAAGGACAACAUAGAGCUGUGGCUACCGGUGAUAUUUUUCAUGGUGCUGGUGGCUCUGGUUGGAAUGGGGUUAGGAAUGUAUCAACUCUUUCAUCUACAGAAGGAACUGGCAGAACUCCGUGAGUUCACCAACCACAGCCUUAGAGUAUCAUCUUUUGAAAAGCAAAUAGCCAACCCCAGCACACCCUCUGAAACCAAAAAGCCAAGGAGUGUGGCCCACUUAACAGGGAACCCCCGCUCAAGGUCCAUCCCUCUGGAAUGGGAAGACACAUAUGGAACUGCUUUGAUCUCUGGAGUGAAGUAUAAGAAAGGCGGCCUUGUGAUCAAUGAGGCUGGGUUGUACUUCGUAUAUUCCAAAGUAUACUUCCGGGGUCAGUCUUGCAACAGCCAGCCCCUAAGCCACAAGGUCUAUAUGAGGAACUUUAAGUAUCCUGGGGAUCUGGUGCUAAUGGAGGAGAAGAAGUUGAAUUACUGCACUACUGGCCAGAUAUGGGCCCACAGCAGCUACCUAGGGGCAGUAUUUAAUCUUACCGUUGCUGACCAUUUAUAUGUCAACAUAUCUCAACUCUCUCUGAUCAAUUUUGAGGAAUCUAAGACCUUUUUUGGCUUAUAUAAGCUUUAAAGGAAAAAGCAUUUUAGAAUGAUCUAUUAUUCUUUAUCAUGGAUGCCAGGAAUAUUGUCUUCAAUGAGAGUCUUCUUAAGACCAAUUGAGCCACAAAGACCACAAGGUCCAACAGGUCAGCUACCCUUCAUUUUCUAGAGGUCCAUGGAGUGGUCCUUAAUGCCUGCAUCAUGAGCCAGAUGGGAAGAAGACUGUUCCUGAGGAACAUAAAGUUUUGGGCUGCUGUGUGGCAAUGCAGAGGCAAAGAGAAGGAACUGUCUGAUGUUAAAUGGCCAAGAGCAUUUUAGCCAUUGAAGAAAAAAAAAACCUUUAAACUCACCUUCCAGGGUGGGUCUACUUGCUACCUCACAGGAGGCCGUCUUUUAGACACAUGAUUGUGGUAUGACUAUACAAGGGUGAGAAAGGAUGCUAGGUUUCAUGGAUAAGCUAGAGACUGAAAAAAGCCAGUGUCCCAUUGGCAUCAUCUUUAUUUUUAACUGAUGUUUUCUGAGCCCACCUUUGAUGCUAACAGAGAAAUAAGAGGGGUGUUUGAGGCACAAGUCAUUCUCUACAUAGCAUGUGUACCUCCAGUGCAAUGAUGUCUGUGUGUGUUUUUAUGUAUGAGAGUAGAGCGAUUCUAAAGAGUCACAUGAGUACAACGCGUACAUUACGGAGUACAUAUUAGAAACGUAUGUGUUACAUUUGAUGCUAGAAUAUCUGAAUGUUUCUUGCUAAUAAACUCUAAUAGUCUUCAAAACCCUUUUAUUAUCAGCUACUGAUGCUGUUUUCCUUUAAUACACUAGUAUUUAUGUUCUGUGUAUCUUAAUGAAGAAAAGACAAAUAAAAUUAUGUUAUAGAAUAUAGAGAUGCAUUAAGGACACAGGCUUUGGAAAUCGGUGAGAUGUGCUUAUUGUUUCUUUCCUGCGUGGUUUCUUCAUCCAUAAUGGCUUUGGAGAACUCUGAGAAGAAUUUGCACAGGUGAGUAGAGCCGUGUGACAAAUUCCCCCAUCUUCGUUGGUAUCUCUUCUCUGGACCUCACAUUACCCUGAGUUUUGUUUAUCAGCAUCAUGACUAAUGGUAAGUGGACCCAACUCUUUGUAUAUUUGAUGGCAGCUCAUAUUUUCCUGGGGCAGAACUAUGACAAAGUAGAAAGGACAUGGGCUUCAUAGUUAAACGGCUGAAGUUGAGUCUUUGUCCUUUUUCUUAGCUUACUUUGCAGUCUUUGGUUGACCUCUGAUGUACAGAAAAGAGUUGAUAUGUGUGUAAUACUAGUAUAGCCUCUUUAAUAUGCGUGUUUAAUAGAACUCUGUAUAGAUUACAGAGAGUUUGAAGCAACAAAUGGGAGGAAAAGUUUAAAAAGGAAACAGACAGAAAAAGCGUACAUCGAUCGAUCAAUAACACUAGAUAUGAUCAGGUAUCUGAUUUGUCCGGGAAUUGAAUAGGAGAAGAAGAGGGGGCAGUACCAAGACAACAGAGCCCAAGGUCUCCUCCAAAAGACAGUAAAUGUUUCCUGAAUGAACCGAAGGCCAAACCAAAGGCUCAGGUUGGAAAGCCUCUACUGGUCUUCCUCAGAUCCUGUUGUCAUCUGCUCUGGCUGUUCCUUCAUGGAGAAUGUCUGAGAGAAUUUGGUCCUUUGGUUAUAGGUCUGUCUUUCAAGCCACUGUGAUGAAACCCUCCUUGUCUUUUUUUCCUCAUAUAUUGACCUCAACAUCAAACACCAUUGGGAUUGGUGUGUGUUAUCCCUAACAGUGUGUGUUUGGCCUAGCAGUCAAACUACUCUCAUAUCCAUCUCUCUAAGGUGACUCUGGGGUUAUAUAAAUAACUCACUACACUUGAAGUAUUCUGAUUCUUGGCCUUUCAGUGAAGAUCAAAUAUAGUAUUGAUUCUAGUGAAGAGAUACUAACAAUACCUUUAGAAAUCUUGAGCUGUUUUUCUUUAAUUUAAGACAUCAAUAAUGUUGCAACCAAAAUACCUUUGACUGUAUUCAUUGAAAAUGGGAUCAUUCAUUGUUUCUUAGGGAAAGAUGAUAAAAUACAAAUUUGAACACAGACCUACACAGAAGUCACUUCUUGUUCAGCAGUUUGAGGUUUUGUUUUCUAACAUCUAACAGCACACAACACCCAUUCUUAUCUUAGCCCCUCAGAGUGGUGGCUUUGUGUUCUCUGAAGUAGGUUUUGAGUUACCACAGCUUAACAGGAAAGAGCUCUCCUGUGGCCAUCAUCAGAGCCGCUUCAGAAGAGGGAAAUAGAGGGGGAAACCUGGCCCUUAAAACCAAAGUAGAUGGUUGCCUUUAUGCGCUAAGGCUUAGACAUCCCGUGGUCUUUAUCAAAAGAAGUGCAGAGGCUGUGUAUGUGUGUGUGUGUGUGUGUGUGUGUGUGUGUGUGUGUGUGUGUGUGUGUGUGUGUGCGCGCGCGUGCACGCGCGCGCGUGUGUGUUUCUACUUGGGUAGAAUUUCUACAUUUCUUCCUUUUCUUCCCCAAUGUCACAGGUCAUGAGUGAUUUAGAAAGAAAAUAAGAGGCAGAACACAUCGUUGUUUAUGGGCUCAGCAGUGAGGCCAGCUUAGUAGUGAUGCAGCCUUUGAGAGUGCCAAGGGCCUUUAGAAUUCACCUGGAGACCUGUUAGACUUAGCCAUGUAAGUGGCUAAGCAGGCAUCUUGUUUCUUAAAGUUCAUUUAGAAAGCAGCAGAGUGUCAUCUCAAUGCUGACAUGCUCCCUUUUGCACCCAGGUCUGUUGAACUGUGACAGUCUACACACUUCUGAAAAUGCUUCUUCAGAAUAAGGCAAUGAACUCUCAUCCUAUCCCAGUCAGAGGUUUCUUUGGAGCUGUGGGGUCAUCCUUUCUUCUAAUUCCAUAGAAGGAUGUGAAACUCAUGCUCUCAUUCUGUAGGAGCUCCAGUCUUCAUGUUUUCUAAGAUUGUCAAUGAGACCCUCUUUCUCUAUAAAUGGACAGUGCCAAUUGUAGCGGGUUUCCUGGCUGUCAUUAGAAUUUGAGCUGUGAAUCCUCUCCCAGAGCACUUUCCAUUCCCAUAGUAAUUUAUUGCCUUCAAGGCAUCCCUAAAACAAUGUGUAUAAACAUUUACUGAAGUUUUAGAAUAAUGUUUUGUGUGUGUGUGUGUGUGUGUUUAUGAUACACACAGUAUAAGCUACAUGUGAAAUUGUAUAGUAAACCCCACCAUUUCCAAAAUUCACAUAUAUCUCCUUGAGUAGACACUCAAAAUUCUGAUAUUUAAACAUAAGACAUUUAUUUGUUCUCCAAGUGGCUUUAAAAAAAUGUCUUGGCUGAGAAUCAUUUAGAUAACUUCAUGCAUAUAAAAUAGGUAUGCUGAUUAUUUUCUGCCCUACACUUGUUCUUAUUUCUUUCUAAUCUCCCUUACCCCCCACCAGUCCCUUUCUAAGAUAUGGGGCUUUAGGGUUGGUUUUGUGACUUAUUUCGUUUAACUCAGACCAUCUAUGUGAACAAUUAGAUUUGAUCUAUUUGAGCAUGGUGGGAUCAACAGUAUGUACACAACUGAAGGCAAUUACCACCUCUCUCCAUGAGUCUGUCAGUAGCAAAUAGUUCAUCAGUGAAGGGCAGGACCCUAUGAGGCCCCCUCUAUCUGUGUUUGGCUUUAAUUGACAGGCCUGGUCUGUGCAGCCCCAGUGCAGCUGUGAGGCUGUGAUUGCAAGUGACUAUGUCUUACCAGAUGAUAGCAUUUCGGAGCCCUUCUCCCAAACUGCUGGCCCUUACACUCUUUCUAGUUUCUCUCUCAUAACAUUCUCUGAGCCUUAUGGGUACGGCAUCAAUGUCUUGUUUAGGGACAAGCCCCCAUCCAUCCCAAGUUCUCCGCACUUUGUACAUAUGAGUCUGUGCAUUAAAUACCACUCAAGAAAAGACGGCUCUCUGAUUAAGGAUGAGAGCAACAUUUGUCUGUGAUAUAAAUAGUUACAAGACAGUUGCUGCUACGGACAUUUAGCUAGACCCUAAUAUCCGAGUUCCCCUACUAGCGUCUGUAAUUUCCCACUAGUAGGGAAUUUUUGUCCAGAUUACCAAACAUGGCUUUCCUCCAUGGGAGCAAGUCUCAAAUUCAAUUGAUAAGGUGUUCAUCACACCUGUAACAAAAGUGCCCCUGCAACACUACUGGGAACAUUUUGCCUGGGAGUUAGCAAGUGUCAUUUGUUUUAAAAAAAAAUAUCUACCAUAUAAAAGAAAUUUUCCUAGAGGAUAAAAUAAGAGUCCUUUUUUUUUUUAAAGAUGUAUUCAUUUAUUUUAUAUAAGUACACUGUAGCUGUUCGGACACACCAGAAGAGGGCAUCAGAUCUCAUUACAGAUGGUUGUGAACCACCAUGUGGUUGCUGGGAUUUGAACUCAGGACCUCUGGAAGAGCAGUCAGUGCUCUUAACCACUGAGCCAUCUUGUCAGCCCAAUAAUAGAGUCCUUGAUGGAGUUCAUUUCACUGGCAAAGUGGAAAACAGGCAAUAAAAAAAAUAAUAAAAAGCAUAUAGGUACACCCCUGUUGUUCCUACACUUACCAGACUAAGGUAGAUUGCAGGUUUGAGGUCAGUCUAGGCUACAUAAGUUUCUCUUCUCCAGAAGAAAGCAAACACAUAUGUAAUGUCAUGUGGUAAUAAGCGCCAUGAAAAAAGCUAGGUAAGGUGGCAGGGAGUGAUGGGAAAAUGGAUAUUGAAAGGAUGAAAAGCAAGGCAUGCAGAUAUCUAGGGCAGAGCACCUCGAGCAGAGAAGCUGCAAGUUCACAGCCUUCAGAUGGGAAGUUGUUAGGUUUUAUUCUAGUGUAAUAAAGAUCCAUGUGUUGUAAACUUAAUCCUUGAAGUGAUAGUUUGGGGAUGCGGGGCUUAUUAAGAGGUGACUAGGUCAUGAAACUGAGCCCUCAUGAGUGGAUUGAUUUUAUUUUAUUAAGGACUAGGCUAAUAAUCUGCUCACUAUGUUUUUUUGGUUUUGCUUUUUUAAAACACGUGUUCUUGUCCUUUCACUUCCUGCCAAGUUAUGGAACAGUUCAAAGACAAUUAUCAAAUGCCAUCACUCUGUCCUACCCACGGCUACACCCAGGUUAUGCCCACGGACUUCCCAGCCCUCACAAGCCCUUCAUUAGCAAUAGAGAACAGAGUUAGAGUCACCCUGUACAUAGAGAUGACAGGGUCCCAAGUUAGAGUCACCCUGUACCUAGAGAUGACAGGGUCCCAGGGGUGUCCAUAGAUUUUCUCUAGCUUCUUCCUGAGAGCUAUGUAACCUCUGCAACCAUCUGAACUCCCAGAGCCACCACUCUGCUGUCUCUGGUGACUCAGUUGACUUGAGGUAAGAAAGAGAUUGAAGUCAGGGUGAGAAGGCCUGGGUGAGUUCAGCCACUGCUACUUGCUUAACUGUGUGUGUGACUUUAAGUAAGUCCCAUGAACAUUGUGAAAUUCCUUUUCUUAGUCCUCUAUAGAAAUGCUGUUGAUGCCAUGAAAAGAAAUACUUCAUGACUUAGACAGACUGCUGGAGGAAGAACAGGGGAGCUGGUGUAUUUCUCAAUAAGUUUCCUGAUCAUCAUGGCUAGAUAAAUUCCUGGUCAGGUGAGAUGGUUUGACAGGCAAAGGCACUUGCAAAUCUAGUGACCUGAGGCCAAUUCCCCAGAGAGUGUGUAAAGGUGGGAAGAGAAAACUGACUCCACAAAGUUGUCUUCUGACCUCUAUACCUGUGCUGUGACAAAUAUGCUUAUAUACAUAUCACCUAUACGCAUGCACAUGCACACACACAUGCAUCAUGCAUUUAUAUACACAUGCACAGAGAAAAUUAAGAUUUCUUGCUUUUUAAUAUUUUCAGUAGACCCAUAUAGAAAAACCUCAUCAACUGUAAAAACUACCUGCUAUAAUUUGAAAUGUAAAUAAAAAACUAUUCAAUAAAAGAAAAAAAAAAGAAAUGGAAAAAAUAAUCUUCUGAGGUGCAAAAGUAAAAGAAUACUAUUUUAUAUUAACCAUAGUUUUUAAAAUCAUUUUAUAACUUGUUUUUAUUUUUAAGUAUGUCAUUAUACAUAUACGAGCAACUGGCUUGUGUCAGAUGUGUUCACUAUAUACAAAGUCUACUAUGAUUAGCCAUAUUUUAAUUAGCACACAAAUAAUGGGACUCAUAACAUAUUUGUAAUUAAUAUCAUGUACUUGCUUAUAUUAAUUUCCAGUUACUACCUCAUGUUUCUCUCUCUCCUUUCCUGCUGAUUUCCUCAUCUCCUUCUGUUUUCUGUUCAUAAGUAUGUACAUAUAUUUAAGUCUAUGUUCUCAACCUGAAAUAAAACAUUAUAGUUGUCUAUUUGACUUUCUGAGUCUGGUUUAUUUUGCUUAACAUAAUAGCCUACAGUUGUAUUCCUCUUCCUACAGAUAUGAUUAGCUAUCCUGAUGACUGGGUCUUGUCAUCCUGAAAUACAAUUUUAAGAGAUGACAUUUAAAUAUUUAAUUUCUGUAACAGGACAUUUAUGCUUAGUGCUAUCCUUGAUGGUAGCUGCCCUCUUCAUUAAACCUGGGAUCACUUUAGGAGAUGAGAACUGCAUAGGGGAUCCCCCUGUUUCCAGUACAGUCUGUCAUAGAGGGACUAGAACUUCUUCAUUCUCAUGAUGCAGCCCCACUUUCUGUGGGUGAACCACUUCAAAGACUAUGUGAAGUUUUGGUAAGAGACACCCUCGAUGCUAUCAACUUUUAAAGUGUUCAAGUAUGUAAGGCAUGCAAGGCAAGAAACAUCGCCAAUGAGACAACAGCCACUUGUGGGGGUUUCCAAGGCUUCUAUGGGCAUGGAUAGAUCUUUGGGGUUCAUUUGUUCUAGAGCUUAUACGCCAUUCUGCUUCAACCCAACUGUCUUCUUGCUCCACUUCCAAUCUGUAGAAGAAAAUGUGUACACAUUUUUGGGAAGGGAAUCUUCUAAAUGUUGCCUAUCAUUGAAAGAGGAGGUCCAUGGAAGGAGGUUCAUGGAGCUAUAAAGAGACUAUCUCUGUCCUCAAGUAAAUGAAUAGGAUGCUAGAUCUUCACCCAAGUGAUUAAAGUCUAGACUGAAGUGACCUUAAAAUCACUGAGAAGAGACAACGUCCUUUAGAUGGUGAGAAAGAGACACAGGUGUUAAACAGAACUCUAAUGUGUGAGGUCGAAUGGAAGGAUGAUCUUAACCUCAGCAUCCUCUUUGCAUCAUUUAGGUGGCUGUAUUCUGGUUUCUAAGAAAUUCAGAAGACUUCUGCUGAGGUCUGGACAGAGUGAUGAAAAGAAGAAACCAGCAAGGGUUGAUUCUGCUAAAGCUUCCUUGAGAGUUGUGCUCUUGGGCCCUGUUGUUGCUGACUACGGUGGCCAGCCAGCUUUUCCAACCUGUCCAAUGACAUGAAGAUUGCUUCUGUUUCUAGCAGAGAAUGUAUCCAGGAGUCAAGGUGAGCCCAUGAUCGCUCCACAUUUCACUAGGGAUGCCAUUUCUGCCUUACGGCCAAGUUUGUUUAUGGUUCACUGAAUGGUUAAAUAUACCAACUUUUAAUUUAAACGUGGUAUAACAUUUACCACCAGACUUAUAAUUACCCUCAGAUCAUGAUGUAUGGACAUAGUAAGAUUACAUUGUUUCCCUUCAAGUAAGGGUUACAGAAAGUGCCUAUAUUUAGGUCAGGUCAUACCCAUAACAACCCCCUUAGCCAAACAUUAUUGACUCCAGCUUGUGAGAAAGCUGAGAAGUGGCAACUUCUCAGUGACCAUGGUGUAUCAGUAAGAACUCAAGAUGAGGCUUGUCAGAUCUGAAGACUGUUAGCCACAUAUCAGUUUGCCUUGUGGCCAGUAUCCAGUUAUUUGACAACCAUGGGUUAAGUACAUGCUAAGAGUCAAGCAUUGCUUGGAGUUUGGGAUGGCAAACAUACUGUUGAUUAUUCUUUUGUUAAUUUGUAUCUUGGAUCCUGGGGAGCAAACCCAGCCCUGUGCACUUGCUAGGCAAGCAUUCUUAUCACUAAGUACACCCACAAAUUCUCGUUCAUUCUUAUGGAACUUGUCCUUAAGUGGGGUUCCAAAAAUGAGUAAAGAAGACUAAACAAGAAAAUAAGCCCAUAAUCUCAGAAAUUGUUAUUGAUAGAUUCUAUUUUGAGAAUUAAAAUAGAAAAUAAGCUAAAAA